AUGGAAGUGGCACUACAACCACCGCCAGCGUUGUUGUUUGAAGGAAAUAUCGCUGAGAAAUGGAAAAGGUGGAAGCAGAAGCUUGAAUUAUAUCUUGUGGCCACGGGAUUAAAUACGCAACCGGAGAUAAGACAGGUAGCAGUUCUACUUCACACUAUUGGUGAGGAGGCACUCGAGAAAUUCAAUACGUUUGGUCUCAGUGAGGAAGAGAAAAAGAAGCUGCCAAUAGUUCUCGAAGCAUUUGAACGAUUACUUCGCGAGGAUGACCUCAAUCUAGAGAGAUGUAUUAAAAUCUGUAAAGCUGCAGAAUUAGUACAGCAACAGAUCAAGACACUGGCUACGGAAACAAAGGUACUUGCAGUCAACGCCAAGCAGAAUACGGCACAGACAGGCGUGAACAAGCAGCAGGCGAAUAAAAAUAGACGACCUGGAAGAAAGAACAACCACGCUAGGAAAGCACUACCAUCUCCCUCAACGCAGGAUGCGAAUACAGGCCAACAGAUGACUACUAAGACAUGCUACAGAUGCGGUACCAAACAUCCUCUACAUCAGUGUCCAGCAUAUCGUAAAACGUGCGCUAAAUGUAAAAAAUUAAAUCACUUCGCUAAGGUAUGUAAGUCCGUUAACAAUAAUGUAAAAAGCAUAGAGCAGGUAGAGCAAGAUGCAUCACAAGCUGAAUUUGUAGAACAAUUUUUCAUUGGGUGUAUCGAUGCUAAGCGUAAUCACGAUUGGUCAGAAAAGUUAUUAAUAAAUAAUAGUAAAACCUUAGUGGUGAAAUUAGAUUCAGGAGCACAAUGUAAUGUACUACCACUUAAAAUUUUUGAUGAAUUAGAACUUUCUCGUAGCAUUGUACAGAAAUCAAACGCAAAAUUAACGACAUAUGGCGGCAAUCCGAUUACAGUAGUUGGUAAAUGUUGCAUUAAAUGUACAACUUCUAAGAAUGUGAUUACUCUAAUCGAAUUUGAAGUGGUAGAUGCAAUAGCUCCUGCAGCAUUAGGACUACCUACUCUUUCAAAACUGAAUUUAUUAAAAAGAGUUGAGACAGUUAAUGUUACUAAUUGCAAUAUAAAACAAUUUGUACAAGGAUCGGGAUGCAUUUCUAAUUAUGAAUAUGAUAUUAAACUAAAACAUAAUACAGGUCACAUAGAGCCAUGCAGAAGAGUUCCUCUUAGACUUAGAGACAAACUGCAGAAAGAACUCCAAAAAAUGGAAGACGAAGGAAUUGUCGAGAAAGUACAAGAACCAACUGAUUGGGUAAAUGCUCUUGUUGUAGUAACUAAAAAAGACGGAAGUCUUAGAGUUUGUUUAGAUCCGCACCAUCUAAAUCAAGCUAUUCAAAGAGAAUAUCACUAUAUUCCAACGUUUGAAGAUUUAUGUUCAAAGAUGGCGGGAUCACGCGUAUUUAGUACACUGGAUGCAGACAGAGCAUUUUGGCAAAUUAAAUUAACAGAAAAAAGCUCUAAACUUACAACUUUUAAUACGCCUUAUGGCAGAUACAAAUUCCUGCGACUUCCAUAUGGAAUUUCUUCUGCCCCUGAGGUAUUUCAUAGAUGCUUCCAAGACAUUUUUUCAAAUAUUGAAGGAGUGGAAGUAUAUCUAGACGAUAUAAUAGUACAUGGUAAGGAUGAAACAGAGCACAACAAACGACUUAUGGAGGUACUUAAUCGAGCUCAACUACGAGGUGUCAAAUUGAAUCUUAAUAAAUGUAAAAUAGGUCUAUCUAGAAUUAAAUAUAUGGGUCACAUUUUUUCGAGCGAAGGUAUUAGCCCAGAUCCAAAUAAGGUAACCGCUAUUUUAUCUAUGAAACAACCGACACAUGUUAAGGAACUGGAAACAUUUUUAGGCAUGCUUACAUAUCUAGGGAGAUUCAUUCCAAACUUAUCACAAAAAUCUACUAAGCUAAGAAAUCUUACUAAAAGAAAUACUGUCUGGUUGUGGGAUCAAAACGCUGAGCAGGCAUUUAAUGAUCUUAAAAACAGUCUGAGUACAGCACCAGUUCUACAAUUUUUCGAUUCACGUAAACCAGUAGUUGUUAGUGUAGACGCCUCUCAGUCGGGUCUUGGUGCAGUUCUCCUUCAAAACAAUUUACCAGUUGAGUAUGCAUCACGUUCAUUAAAUGAUACACAACAAAAUUAUGCACAGAUUGAAAAAGAGGCUCUAGCAAUUGCAUUUGCCUGUAAACGUUUCCACUAUUAUAUUUAUGGUCGACAAGUUGUCGUCGAAAGUGAUCAUAAACCACUAGAAGCGAUAUUUGCGAAACCUCUGAAUAAGUGUCCGGCUAGGCUUCAAAGAAUUAGGUUAAUGUUACAACCUUAUGACAUUAGAGUACAAUAUAAACCGGGAAAAGAAUUAUAUUUAGCCGAUGCGUUAUCACGAUCAUACUUGACAGAUGAAAGCUCGCUCUUAGAUGAGGAAAUAGAGGCACAAGUGUGUAUGAUUAGAGACAAUCUACCCAUUAGCGAUCCGCAAUAUAAACGUUUUAUACAUGAAACAUUACACGAUGCUAAUUUACAAUUGCUUAGACAAUAUAUAGAGAAUGGGUGGCCUAUUAACAAACAUUCAAUUCCAGAUUCCAUUAGAGUGUACGCGACAUUCAAGGAUGAACUGUCCAUAAUAGAUAAUCUCAUUUAUAAAGGUAUACGGUUAGUGGUUCCCUCAAGUCUUAGACAGGAGAUGCUAAAGAGAAUACAUUAUAAUCACCUGGGCAUAGAAAAAUGUAAGUCACGUGCUAGAGAAAUAUUAUUUUGGCCCGGUAUGUCUAAGCAGAUUACUGAUAUUAUACAAAAUUGUGAGACUUGUUUACGGUACCAAAGAGCUCAGAAGAAAGAGACAUUUGUAAACAAAGACAUUCCUCAAGGUCCGUGGCAAGUCAUAGGCGUAGAUUUGUUCUACUAUGCUGGCUGUGAGUAUCUACUGGCAGUGGAUUACUUUAGUAAAUAUGCAGAGAUGGCGAAACUUAGUGACUCCUCUAGCAGCACAGUUAUCACACAUCUUAAAUCGAUGUUCGCGAGGUUUGGCAUACCUAACAUAAUAUACUCGGACAACGGUCCGCAGUUUAAAAAUUCGUAUUUUCGAGAGUUCUCAUCCAAAUGGAAUUUUGAACAUAAAACGUCAAGCCCUAGAUACCCACAGUCGAAUGGUUUAGUGGAACGAUUCGUCGGUACAGUCAAGCAGAUGUUAAAAAAGUGUGGAAAUGAUGGGAAGGAUAUAUACUUGGCAUUACUUGAAUACAGGAAUACUCCUAUAAGCGAUAAAAUUCCUUCACCAACAGAAUUAAUGUUUGGUAGAAAAACUAGAAGUAUAUUACCCACCAUGUUAAAAGAUUCUUGUGAACAGACCAGACAAUUGCUUGAGGAACGACGAAGCGUUCAGAGGAAAUACUAUAAUAGAUCCGCUAAAGAUCUAAGUUCUCCGAAAUUAGGCGAUCAGGUUUUAGUGAGAAAAGAUAUGUGUUCUCCACUACAACCUGCUCAAGUCAUUGACACUUGUGAUAGGCCGAGAUCUUUUAAGAUAGCUAUGCAAGAUGGCUCGACAGUGGAAAGAAAUCGCAGACACAUAUACAAAGCUCCGCGUACUCUGAAACCACUGCUUUGUACUUCGGAAUUAGAGGACUAUAUGCCCCCUACAUUUGACUGUAAUACAUCCAAUAAAGUCGAUGAUUCGAACGCGGGAUCUCAUAUAGAACAGAAUUCGAACAACAGUCCUGAAACUAAGCGAACGGUUGAAAAGGCUGACAACUCUCCGACCCCACUUCGUACUCGUUCGUCUAGACUUGUCAAGCCUCCGUCAUAUCUUAAAGAUUAUGUCACUCAUUAA